UACCCCGGCUGGGAGGUGAAAGCCCUCCAUGUAUUGGCGUGCCUGGUUUCUCCAAGCCCUUCCUUGAGCAAAUCCCAGCCGUCUCCCUGUCUCCCCACUCCCAGCUUUUCUCUCUUCUUGCUAAACUUGAUGCGAGGCAGGAGCCAGGGGUGUUGAUGAUUUGGAUUAUGCAGCUAAGUGGCUGGAGCGUGGCUGGUUGUCUCCUCCCCUUCCUGAGCUUCAGCCCUAGCCAGCUCGGCUCUGGAAUGACAGGCAUUCCUGCAAGGAGGGAGCUGGCACGGAUGCCUAUUUAUGAGAAUCAAGUGCCCGGCCAUGGGCUAUGGGGAGAACAGGACCAGUGCUCAACCACCGGCCACCGUUGCCUGAGAGUUGGCAGCAGCCUCGCUACUUCCUAGCCCAAAGCGUGGAUUUAUCCCGUUAAAGGACUCAAGUGCUCUCUCAGGGUAGACUUUUUCCCCCUCUCUUCCUCCCUCCUCCUUCUGGGGAGCCGCUUAGGAAAGGAGCUCAUGGGGCAGCCGCACUUCUCGAGACCGGUCAAUCCAGCUGCCUUUGCUGAAGAGGUGGAUCACACCCCAACUGAUGCCGGCAUGGGGGUAGAUGUUUUGGAAUCGGGUGACACCACACCUCCUACGAAGAGGAAAAGCAAGUUCUCAAGCUUUGGCAAGAUCUUUAAGCCCUGGAAGUGGAGGAAAAAGAAAAGCAGUGACAAAUUUAAGGAGACCUCGGAAGUUUUAGAACGAAAGAUCUCUAUGCGAAAGCCAAGAGAGGAGCUGGUAAAAAGAGGGGUUCUGUUGGAAGACCCUGAGCAGGAUGGGGAAGAAUCAGACAAGCUGAACCCACCCGCACUGAAGAAUGGUCACACAGUCCCAAUUGGUGGUCCUGGGCUUUGUAACCAGGAGGAGGAGGCCACAAAGCCAUCCAACCUUAGGAAGCCUGUUCCAGCUGAGGAGCCAAAGAAAAGGCAGGGCUCCUCCAGCAGCCACUCUGGACCUGAACUGGAAUCACCUCAGGAGCCCUAUGUUCCCAGGCAGCCUCUGCUUCCUCCCAAAAGACCUCCCUCCACAUCCCAAGAGGCAAAUGAAGCACAGGCGAAGGAUCCAGUGCCUGCCCCCUCCACCACAGCCCCUCCUGCAGCAAAGACACUCAAUUCCAGUGCUGCCCCGUCCCCAGCCCCCAGGACUCUGCCCCCUGUUCUUGCCAGUGCCAACACUACUGCUCCCACGAGCACAACCAGCACAGCUCCUGCCAAACAGCCGCCUGUCCCCCCUCCCAAACCUGUCAACAGAAACAGCAACUCAGUAAUAGCCGAGCUUUCCCAAGCAAUGAACAGUGGUACAAGCUUGUCAAAGCCUUCCCCUCCUCUCCCACCGAAGAGAGGCCUUCUGCCUGCCACCACCAUGCCAGAGGCAGCUAUCGCCUCCAAGCCCCUGAGUGACAGGACAGUGACAACGAACCGCCCUGCACUGACACCGAUGCACGUCACCUCUGCCUACCCACCACCAUCCCCUUCACCACCACUGCCCACACACAUCCCCCCUGAACCUCCACGCAUGCCCUUGCCUGCCUCCACCCCUGUGCUGGACCCUCCGCGCUCCCUGGACCUGCCCAAAGAGACUCCUCCUCCUCCUCCUCCUCCUGAAGAGUUCAGGUCCUUGGAAGCAGUGAAGAGGACGGCAGAGCAAGGCUUUGGUGACCCGCACGUGCUGCCUCGCUUGCCCCCAAUCCCACUGCACAUCCGGAUCCAACAGGCUCUGGCCAGCCCUCUGCCUGUCACCCCCCCUGCAGACGGCUCACACAGGGCUCACUCCCUGCUCUUUGAGAGCGAUGGCUUUGGAGAAGACAGUGGCACCCUGGGCAGGACGAGGUCCCUGCCUGUCACCAUCGAGAUGCUGAAAGUUCCAGACGAUGAGGAAGAGGAAGAAGAUGACCAGGAAGAGGAGCAGAAUUUGGGUUCUCGUGUAUAUAUUGGAGAGGUGCCAUCUGUCACAGUCAUCCCCAAACUGGUACCCCAGGUUCUGCCAGAGGAGCAGGAAGGAGAUGAAGGGAUGAGCGACUCUGACUCGGAGGGGCCCAUCCUGUACAAAGAUGAUGAGGAUGAGGAAGAAGAUGAAAGCCAUAACAGCACGCUGGCUAACAAAGUGAAGAGGAAAGACACGCUGGCUAUAAAGCUGGGGAACACAACCACAGCACAGGAGGAGAAGAUUGUCUUCCCUCGAAAGAGCAAGGAAGAGUGGAAUGAAAUUCGGCAUCAGAUUGGGACGACGCUGAUCAGGCGACUAAGUCAGAGACCGACAGCAGAGGAACUGGAGCAGAGGAACAUACUUCAACCGAAGAAUGAAGCUGACCGUCAGGCUGAGAAGCGGGAGAUCAAGCGCAGGCUCACCAGAAAGCUUAGCCAAAGGCCUACAGUGGCAGAGCUGCAGGCCAGGAAGAUCCUGAGGUUUAAUGAAUAUGUGGAAGUAACAGAUGCACAAGACUAUGACCGGCGAGCAGACAAGCCAUGGACAAAGCUAACACCAGCCGACAAGGCUGCCAUCCGGAAGGAGCUGAAUGAGUUUAAGAGCUGUGAAAUGGAAGUCCAUGAGGACAGCAAGCAGUUCACAAGGUACCAUCGACCAUAACCUUCCAAGAAGGGAGCAAGAGACCUGAAGAGGACCUGGAAGUUCUCUGCAUCCCUCUCCAAGGCAAUACAGCGAGGGUGGAACCUUGGCUCUUCCACUAUUUGCCUUGAAAUCCUUAUCCAGAAAAGGGCUUUCGGCCAGGGCAAGGGGAGUCCUGUCUGAACGUAGCAUUUCACUGGAACAAAACUGUCUCACGUGCCAUCAGGCUGGAACUGAACGCUAUACCUCGUGUGGCUCAGCAAUACCCCUCUGCUCCAGGGCCAGCAUCCCUGCCAGGGUGAACCACGGGGUUCAUUCCCCAGGCCCACUUCUCAGCCAGACGUCCUCCUUUUGGGAAUGCAGUCCCUUCACUUCCCCCUCCUGACCAAGAGGAAGGGGGAAAAGGCAGCUCUAGUGUUAGAAAGCUGAGGAAUGGCAAGUGGAUGUGCUAUAGGAAGCACAUGUGUAUAUUAGCUGUGUACAGAGAUUCCUGCACAGAUGCUGACCUGGCAUGGGACUGGGAAUGUUAAUGGUUUUCCUUGCAUCUCCGUCGUGUCCUUCAUGUCCUCAAUCACUACUGACCAACGGUUCGUUGUCCUGGAAGGGAAUUGUAUAGAGACUAACAUAUGCUGCAUCUUUUUGUACAAAAAACAAGACACCCCCCCCCCCCCCGAUUUAAAUGUAUAAACCAUUCCCUCCCCUGCCGUGAUGUUAACACAUUGUCUUGAGCUAUCCAAGCUGGGUUAACAGAUUCCAGAACCAGGAACUGAUUGUUGCCUUCUAAAAACGUUUUAUUGUGGGGAA